GAGUUCAGAGAGGAGAAGAAUUCAUCUACCUAGCUGCACUCUUUGGUGGCGGCACCAAGCAACGCAAGACGUCGUACAACCAGUCGUCUGGAAUAAACUUCAGCUUUUUAUUUCUGUAUCACUCGAAACAUAUUCGUCCUCAGUGAAGCAUACGCCGAGAGGACACAAACACAUUCUCCAAAUAAACUUUACUCUUAAGCUACAAUUAUGGCGGAAGCAGACGUGAACCCGAAGGCAUAUCCUCUGGCCGAUGCUACUUUGACUAAAACCAUUCUGGACUUGGUGCAACAAGCGACCAACUAUAAACAACUGAGAAAGGGAGCCAAUGAAGCCACCAAAACGCUGAAUCGCGGCAUCUCCGAGUUCAUCGUUCUGGCUGCGGACGCGGAGCCUCUGGAGAUCCUUCUCCAUCUGCCGCUGCUGUGCGAGGACAAAAACGUCCCAUAUGUGUUCGUGCGCUCCAAGCAGGCCCUGGGUCGGGCGUGUGGGGUGUCCCGGCCUGUGAUCGCAACCUCGGUCACCAUAAAGGAAGGCUCCCAGCUGAAGCCUCAGAUUCAGUCUGUACAGAUGGCUAUCGAGAGAUUGCUGGUCUGAUUGACGCGCUGGGAGUUCGUCGGCCUAUGUAAACUAAGGGGCAUCCAGCUGUAAUCCCAGUGGGCCAGAGUCUAGCACAUCUUGAAUUCCCUGCUUAAGUACAGUACAAAGCAGAGGUUGAAUUAAUCACUAUCCCUGGUAAUUAACUGCUGUUUGAUCAGGAAAAUCAAAAGUAUGAUGGACUCUCAGACUGAGAACAGUGAGUGUUGGGUAUCCCUGGUGUAAACUGCUAGUAUUUACAAAAUAUAGGCUAGUGAUUCAAAUUGGCCUUUUAUUAUUCAGUUUGCCAUGUCAGAAGUGGUGUUUGCCUCCCAUUCAUAUAUUUGUUAGUUGUUUUUUUUUUACUUUUAUAAAACGUGAAUACUCUGAUCAAACUUUUCAUUUUUACAAUAAAAUCAGUUACACAAGUUUUGUGUCAUCACUUUGAAGCCAGUGAACAGACAUUUCUGGGGUUUGAGGGACAACGUCCUAUAUCUGGGCAGUGCAGUUCCAAAGUUCAUAAAGCAUUUAUUUCAUAUGGAAGUUUUAAGAUUAAGAUUUUAAGAUGGAGAAAGCAUUGUGAUGGUGGAAGUGUCUGACAUCUUUACAAUUUAGAAGUAUCAAGCACAUUUAUAAAUUACAAAUACAUUUUAAUAGCACUUAGAACAAUCCACAUAUCAUUGACAAAUUUUGAAGACAAGACCUUUCUAAAUGUUAAGGCCACAAUUUUUUUUUUUUUUUGUACUACUAAUAUUAACCUUGAAACCUAAUAUAAGCUUGAUUUAUCUAAUUUGGAGUCCUACUUAUCAGAUUGGAGACUUAAUUCAAGAAGUGCUAUUUUGUAGUGGUUUUUACACAGCUAAUCUACCUGUAUAACAAAACAUUCCUGUAUGUACACUAAGAUAAAUCGAUAGAUUCUAAUUCUGCCUUAUGCUGUAAAAUCUCAUUUUUAUCAGAGAGUGGUUACUACAUAAAGUACAAAUAACCCAUUUCCAUACAAUGUCUAACACAAAAACCUAAUAAAUACAAACAUUACCAUUCAAAACAUGGUACAAAAACACUUCACAUUUGUGACUGUUGAGGUGUGGAGCAAAACCACAUAUUUCCCAAUCACGAAAUACACGGUGUCUAGCGACAACACGUUGAACCCUGUAUAAUGUUCACAGAUUCAGGGAUGACAAACAAAACUGCAGGAUACACA